AUGGAUGGCUACCUGGGUGUAGCUCCAGACAAGCGCCAUGGAUCAGAAGAGGAAUGGUUGGGAUGGUCUGCUGCUUUGGAUAGCAGUGUGGCAGGAGGGGUAAGUACAUUGUGCCAGUUGCUGAUUCUGUGCCAGAACUCCUGGCAUAUUGCAUUGAAUCUGGUGUUUAAUUACUCGCUCCACUCUUGGCCCACAAGGCCUGGUUGGCUGGGCUGAAACUCCGAUGUGGCAGCAAUCUUGGACGCACAACACAAUAUUUGAGGCAUCAGGUGAGAAUAUCUCCUACUCAGAAGCUGUGUGCUCCAGUUGGGAUCUGGAUAUCCCCCACAGGUCCAAGGAGUUAGUAAUGGGGCUAUGAGAGCUGGCAUUGAGUUGCGUAUUCAGCGCCUGGAGAUCAACUGCUAUUCCACUCCACUGGUGCAGCACACCCGACAGGCCUCAGAGUCAGAUAGAUCAUUGAAUUCAAGAAGAUGUACCAGUCGGUAA